GUUUGUUGCUGACGUGGUUUUCAACUCACGCGAAUAUCGGCAUCAAUAAAAAUCGAUGGUCUUAUUGAUUUAUUGAUUGGCUAUGGUAAAGCUGUGAAAAAAAACAGAACGCACCAAGAAACACGAGGCGCGACAACUCUGCAAUAAAGGGAAACAACUCGAGGUUUACAGACUCUGUCAACGGUGGCUGGUGAACUGGUGAAAAUAUCUCAGGUUUCUCUUAUAUCCAUCUCGUGUGUGAGAGCCGAGAGUUGACCAGGCUUCAGACAUGUACAACAUCACCAUGCAGUCGUACAUGUAUGUCGUGACGGUUCUUCUGUGUAUUUCCGCCAUUUUGAUUCAAGCUGUGUUGGGCGACAACACCAAAUGUUUCAAGGACGAGAGUGUGGGGGACAGGGAGGGGAACGUCUACUACUGUAACGACGCCUCCCUGCCCCGCUGCUGUGUGGAGAACGGUGCCAACGCCUGCUGUAUCGCCCUCAGUGACAAGAACCUCACCGAGCAGCUGCAGCUAUGGGGGGUGGUGGCCGGCCUGAUUGCUCUCAUCGCCAUCAUCUUCGUCUGUUGCAAGAACGACAUCAGCUUCUGUAACAGCGAUAUGUCAUGCAAAGAAAGGUGUUACAGCUGUAGGGAGAGGGGUAAGAACAAGGAGGCUCACAUUGUGGAGAAGGAGAGCGAGACAAAGAACCAGUACUACGACAACCCCAUCGGCGAGUUCAGCACCCCAAGCAGCAGCUUCUACACGCCCAGGGAGCCGUACAAAUUCCCGCCAUUACCACCCGUCCAGCAGGUGGCCACACGCUACGACUCGUCAUAUGCCUGAUUUUUUCGACACGGCAGGCCAAGUUGUUGUUAUUCUUUAUUUAAUUCAAAAUUUAGUUUUAAAAGGUCAAAAUGUAUAUUUUCAGAUCUGUGAUAAAAACUAGAAGUCGUCCAUAAAUGAGCCAAUUUUAACCCCACGUCUCUCUAUAGUCACAAAAAGCCAGACACCGUUCCCAAUAAAAAGACGUAACAUUCAAAAAGUAACGUAACUGUCUGUAUAUAAAAUGUGUUGGUCAAAUUUAUUGAAUGUAAAACAUCUCCAAUGCCCCCCCCCUCUCACACCUGUUGUGUGUUAUCAUUUUUGGACUCCCCUUAUUUUAAGAUACGAAUAAUUCAGGGCUACUUCUGUGUAAAUUAAAUAUUUAACUUUGGACACGUUUUUAUUAAUACAUUCUAACAAAGUUUAGUUACAGUCGAAUACUCCUCUCAUAUUUAUUGUAAAUUUUCCUUGCUAAAGCUUGCAUAUUUCGUUAGUGCGUUCUUUGUGUCUACAUAAAAGAUAACAUUGACAACAAUUUGGCCAUUGCUUCAACUGCAUGAUAUUUGAGAUCACAUCACUAGAAACACAAGACAAGAUGUAGAGUUAUCUUAUACAUCAUUAAGAGCAGGCUGGUAAGAAAGCAGAAAAGUAUUGGAAUAACAAAUAAAAGCCUAAACUUGGGGUGUGAAGGUUGUUUGACGUUUUGUUACAAAUAUUACAGAUAAAUUAACAUAUUAAAGUUAACAUAUUACAGAUAAGUUAACACAUUACAGAUAAGUUAAAAUGAUAAAUGCACAAACAAAUUUGACCAGUUUGUAUACAUGUUGUUUAGGGCCAAUCAAUGUUGUAUUUAAGAGGAUUUAUAUCUGUAAUAGCAAACAGGAACUUUUACAAAUUAUCUUUUAAACCCAGUUAAUGGUACACAUCUAAAGCACCUGAAUUCACCUUUUAGCUAGAGCUGAAAACAGAACACUAGACAGGUGUACAUGUAAUUAUCUUGAUUAAAUAGACAGGGGUACAUUUAAUUAUCUUGAUUUAUAUUGUUUUAUUUCUUCUCAUAUUAAAAGUUCUUUAACAUUUUAAAAUUAUUGCAAAUAAAAUAUGCCAAAAGCCUAAUUUAUAAUUAACAAUAUAAAUAUGUUUUAGCUUUUAGCACUUUAAUCUUGUCAUCUUUAAUUAUUUUUAAAGACUUAAUAAAUAAAGCAGCAAAAAGUUAUAUUAAUGGUCUUUAUAAAAUAUCAUUUCAAAUUUAGGAUGCUAUUUUUUAUUAAAUAUUUUGACAAAGAUCUAUGACUAUGAUCUAUAUUCAAUGGGGUUUUUUUUACCAGUGAUGGGUUUCUGAACAAUUUUUUAUAACAUUUGUAACACAGUGUUUUUUUUGUUUUAGUAAAAAGUUACUUUUAUAGUAUAGAUUGUAGCUAAAUGGUUUCUAAAUAUAACCCACUUUGUAUAGAUUUAGUUACUUAUCUUCAUGUUAAAAGUACCCAUUCUGAGACAGGUCACUGACCUUCUCUGAUUAGCUAACACAGAUCCAAAAUGUUUUGUCUUUUAUAAAUGAAGACAGUUGUUUUACCAAAUUUUCUAUACUGCUGCAAUGUUACAAUAAAGUUUCACUUUACUCU